AUGUCCAUGAGCACCAUGGAUGGAAGCCACUGCCUCCUUGACGAAAGUAAAACUACUGGUUUAUCGUACAAGGAUCGAUACCUGGCGGAUUUGGUGUCCCUGGAUAUCCCGCAAGAAAUCAUGAAGAAAGCAACGGCCAAGCGACCGCGGGAUACCUCGACGAGUGACAGUCCUACCGGUAGUACUAGUACCGCUAGUAGUGCGACCAAGAAGAAGAAGAAGCCACGGAUCCGGUUGGCCAUUUUGGAUGACGACGAUGAGGUGGUUCAUUCUACAACAACAUCUACUGAAUGUGUUGGUAGUCCAUUGAAUGACUUGCGUCGUUCCUGUCCGGAAGUGAUGUGUCAUAUUUACGCCUAUUUGCCCUUGAUGGAUCGAUUCCAAUUGCGUCAUGUGGAUGCCUUUUGGUGGAACGACCAGACGGCACUGUUUUGUCAAGCACCCGUGGGAGUCUAUGGGCACCACAAUUGGGAACUCCAAGAAGCGUGGGCGUAUGCCAAACGCUACCUGGAAUUCGAUGGGACCAAUCCACUCAGUACCAAACUCUACAAUCCAUCCACGCCGUUGUGGGCUCAGUGGCAAAAGAUACCCCGCAUUUGUGUCACCCCACAAGGCAUGGCACGAUUUUAUAGUAGCAAGACACAACAGUACGAUAUUGACGUCCACCAUGGCAAAACGUAUCAAGAAUUGGCCAAUCUCAUUGCCCAAGGCACAUUUGCCCAUCUCAAGGCAACCAAAGAUUAUCGAACCAAUCUGGAAAAGGAAAUUCAAACAGUCAAUAGAGUCUGUCGAAACAAACACAAAGACAUGCAAAAAGUCGAGCGCCACAUUCUACACGCCAACACAACGUCCAAUGGAUUCGCCAUGCUAUUCCGUUUGUUUCAACAACACAAACGCUUGACCAUCUACACGACACCCUUUUUCAGAACCACCGAACGUCGUUAUCACGAUUUGGCCAAACAAAAACGAUUUCCCUAUCAAUUCAUUGUUACUAACAACGACAAUCAAAAAGAAGAAAAGAUUUCCCUCCAAUCACUCCGUCCCGGUGUCAAACUCUGUUGGAAACACCCCGACACUGGCACUGUCACGCGCCAAUUCCUCAAACAAUGCGAACGAUGUCACAAAUGGACCGAUACCGUGCGAGCGGAAACCUGUGGCAAGAUUUCCCAUUGUCAUUAUCGAACCGAUGUCUGUGCCAAAUGUACUACCAAACGAACCUGCGUGGCGUGUGGCACCGAUCACUGUGGCAUUUGCAGUCGGCACGCCAUUGUGACGUGCGCUUCACCAAAGUGUCGCCAUACCCUGUGCAGUUUGGAAUCUUCGUCAACAACAGCAUGUGGAUAUGUCAUGCCGCUGCCCAGUCACUUUGAGACGCAAGCCGACUAUUGGGAAUGGUUGGUCGCCGAGCACCGGGCUCCGAGAAGAACCAGUCACGUCUAUUGUCCGCACCACAAACCGGACGGAGCGUUGCCCCUUCCACCCAAGGCGGUCGCACUGGAACGUCAGCGACGAGGGGAACCCAUCUUUGUUACCACCGAGAACACCGAAACAAACGACUAA